GUCGCAUACGGACCUCAGGCGAGACACAAAAUAAGACUGCAGGGGGGUCGUAUUACUGGGAGACAGGUGCAGGCAAUUUGCUGCCUACACUGAGUGAGACCACGCGAGAGCAAAUUACGAACCAUACAUGCAAAGAAAUUGUUUCAGCUACCUGAGAGAAACGCCACAGUGAACUAUACGACAUUCAGGUUACUGUAGCUUUUCGGCGAACUCUAGGCGCAGUAAACAUUCCAGACAGACCAAACUGAAUUAAUGGCAUUGGCGCUACAAAUAAGCGAACUACACUUCCCAGUGGCGUCUAAGACUUGUACUUGCUACCACACUUCCGGUCCUCGAGUCGUUCGCGGUGAUUGGUCCGUAUGGGUCCUCACGCUGCUCUAUCAUUGGGUGUUCUGUAUAGCUCCACCAAUCACCGCGAGGAGUAGGUUGACCGAACGGAAUUCAUUCUGGAUUCAUGUUCUGUCGAAAUGACAGCAUCAGCUGUUGCCAUAGAUUGAAACUACACGUGUGCCUAGCGAGCGCCUCACCAAGACCGAGACGCGAGAUUCCUUUCCAUCGGGCGUUAAGACAAUUUCGAGGAAAAUGGCCCUGAUGGGGGUGCAGCUGGUGGUGAGCCUCCUGGCAGCCUGUGUCAUGCAGAGGAUGGCCCCUCACCUGUCCUUCGCACGCUGGCUCCUGUGCAAUGGCAGCCUCCUUCGUUUCAAACACCCAUCAGAGGAGCAGCUGUGCGCUCUGGCUGGGAAGCAGGCCCCAAAGACCAACCGGAGAGACAGGCGACAGAACGGGGCAGUAGAAAGCAAGCCGCUGACGGUGCCCAAGGACAUAGACCUCCACCUGGAGGCCACACCUGUGGGGGUGCUGGACGCCCUGGUGCUGCGCUUGUUCCUGGAGUACCAGUGGCUGGUGGACUUUGCGGUUUACGCCUUGGGGGUGUACCUCUUCACCGAGGGGUACUACUGUGCCACAGACGCCAGCGCAGAGGUCAACAUCGGGGCCAUCUGGUGUGUGCUCACCAUCCUCUUCUGCCUGAAGACCCUGUACACGCUGAUGAGUCAGUACUUCCGCUCGGAGGAGGGGGGCGAGCGCUCGGUGUGCCUGGCCUUCGGGUUCCUGUCCCUGCUGGUGGCCAUGCUGGUGCUGGUGGUGCGGGAGGACUACCUGGAGUUCGGCCUGGAGCCGGGCUUUGCUAGUCUUUUCACAAACCUGGAGAGUUUUGCCAAGCAGCAAGGCUACAUGUGGUCGAUCCCGGUCUCCAAGCUGUGCGUGAAGCUGGCGUUGGCAACCGUCUGCGCUUUCAUUGGUGCCCUGCUCGCCUUCCCUGGCCUCCGAUUGGCCCAGACCCACCUGGACGCGCUCCAGAUGAACGACGACCGACCGGUGAUAAAAAUCCUCCUGCACGUCAGCUUCCUGUCCCCCGUACUGGUCCUGUUGUUGUGGGUGAAGCCGAUCGCGCGAGACUUCCUGGCGAACGCACCCAUGGGGAAGACGACGGUCACCCUCAUCCCUAGCUCCGCCUUCAGCAGCGUGCGGCUGUGGAUCGUGGUGGCGCUGUGUCUCCUGAGGCUGGCCCUGAUUCGCUGGCACCUGCAGGCCUACCUCCACCUGGCGCAGAAGUGGGUGGGGCAGAUGAGGAGGGAGGCGGGCCGCAUCGCCGCCAUCGACAUCCAGAGGAAGGUGACACGGGUUUUCUGUUACCUGGCUGUGGUCACCCUGCAGUACCUGGCCCCUGUGCUGCUGCUGCUCUUCUCCACGCUCGCUCUCAAAUCCCUGGGUGACUUCUCCUGGGGGCUGGUCCCCGAGGUGCCGGGCGUGUCCCCGGUGGAGGCGGGACUUCCCGCCGAGGCUCCGCCCGCUCCGGGGGCGGGGCAGGAGGGGGGCGGGGCCGAGAUGGAGGACGAGGUGGCGGCGGCCGUGGCCCAGCUGCUGGGCGGUCUGAGCGCGCUCAGAUCCCUCCUCUCGCCCGUCUUCUGCAGGGGCCUGCUCGCCUUCUUGGCCUGGUGGGUGGCGGCCUGCCAGGUCAUCAGCAGCCUUUUCGGGGUCUACUUCCACCAGUACCUGAUUGGUAACUGAGCGGUAGCCACGCCCACUCCCCCCCCCAGUGACUCCACCCACCUUUCGCACUGACUCCACCUACCUCCCCCCCAGUGACUCUGCCCACAACCACCGACUCCGCCCACCUGUCCCGGUAACCCUGGCCACGCCUCCCAGUGACGCACCGUGGCUUUCCCAGUGACUCUGCCCACCUGCCCCAGUGACUCUGCCCACCUGCCCCAGUGACUCCGCCCACCUGCCCCAGUGACUCCGCCCUGUGGGGGGGGGCCGGAUGGUGUUCCUGGAAGGGUGGAGGAGGGAGAGGCUGAUCGGGGCCUCCAGGACUGGCUACCCCCGCUCAGCCCUAACUGCCCUGCCCCACUCAGCCCUAACUGCCCUGCCCUGCUCAGCCCUAACUGCCCCGCUCAGCCCUAACUGCCCUGCCCCACUCAGCCCUAACUGCCCUGCCCUGCCCUAACUGCCCUGCCCCACUCAGCCCUAACUGCCCUGCCCUGCCCUAACUGCCCUGCCCCGCUCAGCCCUAACUGCCCUGCCCGCUCAGGUACACUGCUCAUGUGUCUUACUUCUCAACAAGGAGGGCGGCGUGUGACUUCAGAAUGAUGUAAAAAUCUGUGCUUGUUGGACGAUUACGCCCCCCCCCCCCCCCCACACUCAGUGCAGCCAAUCAGGGUGAAGCAGCCUGCUGGUGGUGGGUCUUCAUCUCCUUACUUAUUUAUUGUUCUGUUCAGGUCAGCAUGUACGCAUUUCAGCACCCAACGCCUGCCACGCGCCAAGCGCAUCCCAACAUGCCACGCUGGGGUGUUUGUAUUUGAAUUGUGUUCGAUUGUGUUUGAUUGUGUUUUCCCCAAGUGCAUUUCUAUGAAUUUUCCUCUGCGAAAUCUGAGGAAGAAUACAACCUGCAUUGAAGGGCUUUCAGAUCAUUUCACUCAGUGUUUCCUGUACAAUCAGACAUGUUGUUUAUAUGCAUGGCACAGAAACCUUCAAUGAAUCCUCUGAAGAGUAGGUUUUUAAAAAAGUAUUUUCCGAAGUCUGUGUUCUAGGACUCUUUCCAUCAUCAGUAGUGCUACAUCAGCAGUAGAAUGUUCAGUUAAGAAGACUCCAAUCAUCCAAUCAUAUACUUGUGACCUCACACCUGAAAGGGUUAGCCGUGUGAAUGCAUGAUGUGAGUGAGCUCUGUGUGAUGCCAUAGCUUGGCAACAUGUGUGUUUGCUUGUGUGGUUUCAUAAAAAAUACAACAAUGGUUUUUGUGAGA